AGGCCUGGAGGAUGUGAAGGUGAGCUGUGCCCACAUCCACUCUGAACACAGCUGUGGUCUAACCAAAACACUGCAGGAUUACAGGAGGUUGUUUUUUGGGGAGAAUGAGAUCGCUGUGAGAGUACCGUCUCUGUUCAAGCUUCUCAUAAAGGAGGUUCUGAAUCCCUUUUACAUCUUCCAGCUGUUCAGUGUUGUUCUAUGGACUGCUGAGGACUACUACUACUACGCUACAGCCAUAGUUUUAAUGUCGGUCAUAUCAAUAGCUACCUCUCUGUAUACCAUAAGAAAGCAAUAUGUGAUGCUCCAUGCCAUGGUUUCCGCCCACAGCGUGGUCCGUGUGUCUGUCUGCAGAGGAAAUAAAGAUAUUGAACAGGCCAUGUCGACGGAGCUUGUCCCCGGUGAUGUCAUCUCCAUCCCAGCCAAUGGAAUGGUAAUGCCCUGCGACGCCGUGCUCUUCCAAGGAACCUGCGUUGUGAACGAGAGCAUGCUGACAGGCGAAAGCGUCCCAGUGACCAAAACCAGUCUGCCCAGUUCAGGUGACGAGGCAGCUAGGAGAUACAACAUGGAGGAACACAAGAGACACACACUUUUUUGUGGUACCCAUGUGAUCCAGACCCGCUUCUACGCCGGGGAGUUGGUGAAGGCUGUUGUAAUCCGAACAGGGUUCAGCACUGAGAAGGGCCAGCUGGUGCGAUCUAUCCUCUACCCUAAACCCACAGACUUUAAGCUGUACCGGGAUGCAUACCUGUUCCUGCUGUGUCUGGUUGGUGUGGCAGGGAUCGGCUUCAUCUACACCAUCGUCCUCAGCAUCAUGAACAAGGUUUCAGCUAGAACGAUCAUCAUUGAGUCUCUGGACAUCAUCACCAUCACCGUUCCGCCGGCCUUACCGGCAGCCAUGACAGCCGGCAUUGUGUACGCGCAGCGGCGUCUGAAGCGGGUCGGGAUCUUCUGCAUCAGUCCUCAGAGGAUCAACAUGUGUGGCCAGCUUAACCUGGUUUGCUUUGACAAGACUGGUACCCUCACUGAGGACGGCCUCGACCUUUGGGGAAUCCAGAGAGCCGAUAAUGGCAGCUUUGUUUCAGCGGAGUCGGGCAUGGCGGAGGAGCGUCUGAUGGACACGGCAUUUGUUGCCUGCAUGGCAACGUGUCACUCACUGACCAAAAUAGAAGGAGAGCUCUCUGGAGACCCUUUAGAUCUCAAGAUGUUUGCUGCUACAGGCUGGAUAUUAGAAGAGUCUACAGAGGAAGAAACGGCUCUCCACGACCCGCUGAUACCCACGGUUGUUCGGCCUCCAAAGCAAACCGUCUCUGAAAGAAACCAGAACCGUUUAGAAGCCCAGAACACGUCUGGUGAGAUCGGUAUAGUGCGGCAGUUCCCCUUCUCCUCGGCGCUGCAGAGGAUGAGCGUGGUCGUCCGGAGGUUGGGAGAAAAACACAUGGAAGCCUUCCUGAAGGGGGCGCCAGAGGUCGUGGCCAGCCUUUGCAAACCACACUCAGUGCCUCAGACUUUCACAGAAACCCUGGAGAAGUACACCAGGCAGGGCUUCAGGGUGAUUGCUUUGGCACAUCGACAGCUGGAGUCCAAACUCUCCUGGCACAAAGUCCAGACCCUCAGCAGGAACCUGAUAGAGGACAACAUGGAUUUCCUGGGUUUGAUCAUCAUGCAGAACAAAAUCAAACAGGAGACGGCUGGCGUUCUGGCAGAGCUACACAGGGCUAGCAUCCGCACUCUGAUGGUCACAGGAGACAACAUGCUUACGGCCAUUUCUGUGGCCCGAGACUGCGGAAUGGUCCGUCCGCAGGAGACCGUCAUCAUCGCCGACGCUGAGCCUCCAAAAGACUCUCACCCUGCCGCCAUUACGUGGCAUUAUGUGGACAGCCCCGCUCAGAGAGGCGGGGCCGAUCAGGCGAAGAUAAGCGUGGAGGAGGAGACGUAUCACUUUGCUGUCAACGGUCGAGCCUUUGCUGUUAUCACAGAACACUUUCCUCAGCUGAUGCAGAAGCUCGCUCUAAGAGCCACCGUGUUUGCUCGCAUGGCUCCUGACCAGAAGACCCAGCUGGUGGAAAUCCUGCAGGGCAUUGACUACACUGUAGGGAUGUGUGGAGACGGUGCCAACGACUGUGGGGCGCUGAAGCGAGCUCACAGUGGGAUCUCUCUGUCGGAGCUGGAGGCGUCGGUUGCUUCACCCUUCACUUCGUCCACCUCCAACAUUUCCUGUGUUCCCAGCCUCAUCAGGGAGGGACGAGCGGCUCUCAUCACGUCGUUCUGCGUAUUUAAAUUCAUGGCUCUCUACAGCAUCAUCCAGUACAUCAGUGUCAUCCUGCUCUACUGGAUCCUCAGCAACUUGGGGGACUUCCAGUUUCUCUUCAUCGACCUCGUCAUCAUUCUCAUCAUUGCCUUCACAAUGAGUCUGAACCCGGCGUGGAAGGAACUGGUGAGGCAACGUCCUCCAUCCAGUCUCAUCUCAGGACCUCUGCUCUGCUCAGUUCUCACCCAGAUCCUCACAUGCCUGGGCUUCCAGGUCUUGGUUUUCAACUUGGUACAACAACAGAGCUGGUAUGAGACGUGGACGCCUCAGUCAGAGAGACAUUGCCUUUCUGUGUCGUCAUCAUCACCCCCCCCCCUUCAGGUGGUGUGUGUUCCACAUGACUGGCGCACUACUCUGGUCGUCAUCAUCGCGGCGAACGCAGUGGUGUCUCUCGUCUUGGAGAUUUUGAUCGUUGACGUCGUCUUAUGGAGGCUUGUUUUCAGAGGAAGUCAAGGGCCGAAUGGCCCCGGAGAAUCCUCCUCUGGGGACACACCACAGGUGGCUAACGACCGCUGGGGGGCGCUGUUCCUGUCCCGGCUCUUCUGUCGGAGGAACAAGCCCCCGAAGGUGCUGUACAGGCAGCUCGCUCUGGAGCUGCAGGAGGACGCCGCCUGGCCCCCCAAACCCUCCGCCGUCACCUACGCCGCCGAUCCACACAACCACAUCUCUGCCGCUCUUUGAGACAAACGGCCUGAAGAGACUAAACCCCUGUUCUGUUGGCGGAUCCUCUCAGUUAGCUGCUCAAUUAAAGGCAAAUACACUUUGAUCCGGUUUUUAGAUGGCAGAGUUAGGAGCCAUGUGGAGAGAAACACUGGAGGGAACAAACAUUAGGAUUCAUACUUGAACUGAAGAAUGGAGAUUUCAUCUGUAGAAACAUCUAAAUAAGGACAUCUGACAAAGAUAGUCUGAGUAAAGGCAAAAUGCAUUAUUCUAAGAAUGUGACUGAAUGAAUGAAUGAAUGAAUGA